AUGAAACCGGCCGGAGGAUGGACUUUUCUGAUUCUUCUCGUGGGUUUGAAGGCACGAGAUUGCUUCUCAUGCAAAGCCGAGGACCGGCUGUUCAGGAAGCUGUUCAGGAGAUAUAACCAGUUCAUCCGACCGAUCUGGAAUGACUACAAACUGCGAUGGAUGCCGGCCGAGUUCGACGGGAUCGAGUUCAUCAGAGUCCCGUCCAACAAGAUCUGGAGGCCUGACAUCGUGCUCUACAACAAUGCUGUGGGCGACUUCCUGGUGGAGGAUAAGACGAAGGCCUUGCUAAAGUUUGAUGGUACAAUCACCUGGGUCCCUCCGGCCAUUUUCAAAUCUUCAUGUCCAAUGGAUAUCACUUACUUCCCAUUUGACUAUCAGAACUGCUCCAUGAAGUUUGGUUCCUGGACCUAUGAUAAAGCCAAGAUUGACCUGGUCCUUAUUGGAUCUAAGGUGAACCUCAAAGACUUCUGGGAAAGCGGCGAGUGGGAAAUCAUCGACGCUCCCGGCUACAAACACGAUAUCAAAUACAACUGCUGUGAGGAGAUCUACCCGGACAUCACCUACUCCUUUUACAUCAGGCGUCUGCCACUCUUCUACACCGUCAACCUCAUCAUCCCCUGCCUCCUCAUCUCUUUCCUCACAGUGCUGGUCUUCUAUCUCCCGUCCGACUGCGGAGAGAAGGUCACGCUCUGUAUCUCCGUCCUGCUCUCCCUCACUGUCUUCCUGCUGGUCAUCACCGAGACCAUCCCCUCCACCUCGCUGGUCAUCCCGCUCAUCGGAGAGUACCUGCUCUUCACCAUGAUCUUCGUCACGCUCAGCAUCGUCAUCACGGUGUUCGUCCUGAACGUGCACUACCGCACGCCGAUGACCCACACCAUGCCCUGCUGGGUGCGCUCCGUGUUCCUCAAAGCCCUGCCCAGGAUCAUGCUGAUGCGGAGGCCGAUGGAGGAGGACAGCAGGGGGCUGGACAGCAGUGGGGAGGCAGGAGGAGCAGGAGGGGGAGGAGGAGGGGGAGGAGGAGGCGGAGGAGGAGGGAAGGCAGGGAGGAGGCGGCAGAACAGCCUGAUGCAGGUUGUAGGAGGGUCCCUGAACUGUCUGGAGUUUGGGGACAGUAAGUUCUCCUCCGUUGAGGGCUGUAGUGCAAAGAAGUGUCCCUGUGUGUGUCCGCAUGGGCGGGAGGCCCCGGAGGAAACGGGGAAUAUUUCCCGGCAGAUGAGUUCCCAGGCCGUCAGCACGGUGGUGGCCUUCUCCGUGGUGUCUCCCGAAGUCAAACAAGCUAUCGAGAGCGUCAAAUACAUCGCCGAGAACAUGAGGAGUCGGAAUAAGGCCAAAGAGGUGGAAGACGACUGGAAGUACGUUGCCAUGGUGAUCGACAGGAUCUUCCUCUGGGUGUUUGUGACCGUGUGCGUCCUGGGUACGAUCUGGAAUGACUACAAACUGCGGUGGAUGCCGGCCGAGUUCGACGGGAUCGAGUUCAUCAGAGUCCCGUCCAACAAGAUCUGGAGGCCUGACAUCGUGCUCUACAACAAUGCUGUGGGCGACUUCCUGGUGGAGGAUAAGACGAAGGCCUUGCUAAAGUUUGAUGGUACAAUCACCUGGGUCCCUCCGGCCAUUUUCAAAUCUUCAUGUCCAAUGGAUAUCACUUACUUCCCAUUUGACUAUCAGAACUGCUCCAUGAAGUUUGGUUCCUGGACCUAUGAUAAAGCCAAGAUUGACCUGGUCCUUAUUGGCUCUAAGGUGAACCUCAAAGACUUCUGGGAAAGCGGCGAGUGGGAAAUCAUCGACGCUCCCGGCUACAAACACGAUAUCAAAUACAACUGCUGUGAGGAGAUCUACCCGGACAUCACGUACUCCUUUUACAUCAGGCGUCUGCCACUCUUCUACACCGUCAACCUCAUCAUCCCCUGCCUCCUCAUCUCUUUCCUCACAGUGCUGGUCUUCUAUCUCCCGUCCGACUGCGGAGAGAAGGUCACGCUCUGUAUCUCCGUCCUGCUCUCCCUCACUGUCUUCCUGCUGGUCAUCACCGAGACCAUCCCCUCCACCUCCCUGGUCAUCCCGCUCAUCGGGGAGUACCUGCUCUUCACCAUGAUCUUCGUCACGCUCAGCAUCGUCAUCACGGUGUUCGUCCUGAACGUGCACUACCGCACGCCGAUGACCCACACCAUGCCCUGCUGGGUGCGCUCCGUGUUCCUCAAAGCCCUGCCCAGGAUCAUGCUGAUGCGGAGGCCGAUGGAGGAGGACAGCAGGGGGCUGGACAGCAGUGGGGAGGCAGGAGGAGCAGGAGGGGGAGGAGGGGGAGGAGGGGGAGGAGGAGGCGGAGGAGGAGGGAAGGCAGGGAGGAGGCGGCAGAACAGCCUGAUGCAGGUUGGAGGAGGGUCCCUGAACUGUCUGGAGUUUGGGGACAGUAAGUUCUCCUCCGUUGAGGGCUGUAGUGGAAAGAAGUGUCCCUGUGUGUGUCCGCAUGGGCGGGAGGCCCCGGAGGAAACGGGGAAUAUUUCCCGCCAGAUGAGUUCCCAGGCCGUCAGCACGGUGGUGGCCUUCUCCGUGGUGUCUCCCGAAGUCAAACAAGCUAUCGAGAGCGUCAAAUACAUCGCCGAGAACAUGAGGAGUCGGAAUAAGGCCAAAGAGGUGGAAGACGACUGGAAGUACGUUGCCAUGGUGAUCGACAGGAUCUUCCUCUGGGUGUUUGUGACCGUGUGCGUCCUGGGAACGGUGGGCCUGUUCCUACAGCCUCUCUUCGGCUUCGUCUCCUAA